AGCCCCUCCCUGGGGAAGCAGGAAGGGGGGUAAUGUGUUGCAGUGGGAGGUUAAGAUUUUAGCUGCUUUGCACAUAGCCAGAUAGGGGGUGUAUAUGUGUGUGUAUAUAUGUAUGUAUAUAUGGAAAGCCAGAGAGAGCUGGGUUUCAUUCGCUAGACGUGCAAUGCUUCAGCAGAGACAUCUACAGGAGGCUUAUAGUCUGUUUCAUGAGAGAGCCUGAAGGCAGCUAUUAAUUAUUUGCAGAGCCCAUCAGUCAUUGCUGUAGGGAAUCAUCUGAGGGUUAUUUCAUACACCCAGGGCUGCAGUCACACGAGUUCUGUGCUUUUAUUCUGUCUUGAGGUCCCCCCCACGCUACAGCCCAAAGAUGCCCAACUUCUCAGGAAACUGGAAAAUGAAGCAUUCUGAAAAUUUUGAGGAAAUGCUGAAAGCGUUGGGUGAGUGAAUAACUGGGUGAUCUAAUGUUUUAUUUGUGGUUUGCAUUCUGGAGGAGCAUUUUGUCCCCUUUUUAGUUUAAUGGGUUUGUGGGUGCAUGUUUUUGUACUGGGGUAUAUUACAGAUCCUCCAAAUGUGCAGAUGUCUGUCACCACCUCUUAUUACACAGACUCCAGGAGAUAUUGCCUGUCACCCUUUCUACAUACAGACACUGGGCAUUUGCCCGUCACCUCCUUUUAAUACACUGACACCGAGACAUGUUGUCUGUCAACCUUUCUACCCACCCUGAGCAUAUAUGCCCGUCACCUCCUCUUAAUACACAGACACUGGGCAUGUGCCCGUCACCUCCUCUUAAUACACAGACACUGGGCAUGUGCCCAUCACCUCCUCUUAAUACACAGACACUGGGCAUGUGCCCAUCACCUCCUCUUAAUACACAGACACUGGGGGCAUGUGCCUAUCGCCUCUUCUUACUACAUAUGCCCAUCACCUCCUUUUAGCACACAGACAUUGGGCAUGUGCCUGUCACCUCCUCUUAAUACAGAGACACUGGGACAUGUGCCUAUCGCCUCUUCUUACUACAUAUGCCCAUCAUCUCCUUUUACCACACAGACAUUGGACAUGUGCCCGUCACCUCCUCUUAAUACACAGAUCCUGGGCAUGUGCCCGUCACCUCCUCUUAAUACACAGAUCCUGGGCAUGUGCCCGUCACCUCCUCUUAAUACACAGACACUGGGCAUGUGCCCGUCACCUCCUCUUAAUACACAGAUCCUGGGCAUGUGCCCGUCACCUCCUCUUAAUACACAGACACUGGGCAUGUGCCCGUCACCUCCUCUUAAUACAGAGACACUGGGCAUGUGCCCGUCACCUCCUCUUAAUACACAGACACUGGGACGUGUCUCACUUUUGGUUGUAUUGAUGUUUGUUAUAAAAUAUUUGCUGAUGGGCUUUGUUUGCUAUCUGUGUCCUUGUCACUCUCUGCUUUUGUUUCGUAGAGGCAAUAUAAUGCUUCUUCGUCCUGGUUUGUAAAGACCUUUUCAAAAAGGCAUUAAAGUGCUUUUACAGCAGAAUGCGGUAUUUCAGAUUUAUUUUUAUUUAUUUUUUACGGUUAGUCUUCUAUUCACGGUUAUUCACUAAAAUGUGAAUUAUCAGAAAUUCAAAUACAAUUCAAACUGAUAGCGGCUUGGGAUAAUUUCAUCAAUUCAGCAAUAUUUGUAGCUUGGAUGCUUUGUCCUAAAAAUGUACAUUUAGUGAAUAACGCUAUUGUCCAGAGUGAUUUUUGUACUAAACCUAGACUUGUGGAGAAUUUAUGAGGAAAUCUCAUAUUGUGAGGCAGACCAACAUAAUCAAAUUGGAAAAGUUCUCAGAGUCCACUAUGCGUCCAACUCUGUUAGUAUAGACUAAAAUUUGCCAGUUUCUCUGACCAUGACUUUCAAGCCCCUACAGCAAGAUCUGAUUUUUAUCUUGAAAUUACACAUAUUCUUCUAUGAUAUAUUUUAUCCCUGGUCCUGGGAGCUUGCAAUCUUAAUGCUGCUGGUGGCCAAUGGACUCUUCAAUGCUGGGAUUCAUAGGGGUAGAUGGAUCAGAUUCUGCAUGUGCCGCUCCCUUCGAAAAUGAUCUCAGUGCUUCAUUUAACACCUCAUUGUCGUUUUUGUUCCUGUUGUAUAUUCUGUCCUGGAAACACGUCCUGGUAUUUCUUGACAGUGAAGGGAGGGGGUGGUUAUGGUACUUUUAAUUCUGUUUUGGCUAUGUUUGCAGAAAUGGUGUAAUCGCUUUGGGAAACUCUUGAAGGUUUUGGUGGCGUGAGGGGUGAGCUUGGUUAUGAGGAGGUCUUACCAACCCUGUAUUCCUGCAGACUUUCAACUAGCUGCAAAUGCAGUUUAGCGGCAAAAAUCAUCCGCCAUCUUGCUUGUGGCACAAAUGUCUUCACUGCUAGUUGCUAAUGUAACCAUCGUGCAUAAGAAAGCAAUUUGAAUCCUUGUAAACACCCACCCACCUUGUUCCUAGUUUUAACCUUUCUUUGGAUCUUAAGCACCUGAAAAAUAAAUGAUGGUGUCAAACCUUUCACCUCUGUGGCCCCCGAUAACAUGAGAAAAAUGACCUAAAGCUUCUUAACAUGGCAGUGUUUCAUUCUUUCCAGUGCUAAUCUUAGAUUCUGAAAUCGGCCAUAAUAUUACGUCAUUGCCUCCGAUCGAUCUUUUUGUGACCCCUUGUUUGUUUCCCCCCUUUUCAUUGAGCACCCUUUUAAUGCAAUUAAUUUAAUUAUUGCAUAUGAAAGAGAAUCCAUUUAUGUACAGCGCUCCGGAAUUUGCUAUAUAAAUAAUAAUGUAAAAUCGUAUAAAUGGUUUUGUACAUCUAGAAGCAAGGAACGUUUGUCUGGUCUUUGUCUCUGUAUAUCCUUCCCUAUUCGUUAAUCUGUUUGAAUACAAGACAGGGUGAGCAAAUUACUGUAAAGUACUUAGAGUUAAAGUGAGCCGAACACGGGAAUGAGAGUGAGAAUCCUUUUUGCUAAUUUUUUUUAAUAAUCCGAGCCACAUUGUACAUUUGAGUAUCAAAAACAUUUUUUACCAAGGUUUUAUUCUUUAGGGAAACUCAGAACACAGCACCCUUGAUCUACAUUGACCAGGGACAAUGGGUAUCUGUUUUUUGGGGUUGGAGAUCCGAAAACAUGUAUCCAUGAUUAAAAAAGCAGUCUGCCCACCUCAUCCAACCCUCUAAUCAUGGCCGUUUCAUGCUAAACUCUCUGCAUGAAAAUGCAUUGCCCUUCGACUGUGGCAAGACUUUAACUCCCAUUAUUCUUAACCAGACCACCCAAAUUUGGCAGGACAACUACAAACCAAUGCUAAAAUUGGCUCCAGCCACUGCAUGCAUAUUAAACCCUCCCGUCCUUGGUGUGAUCUUAAAAAUGCGCUUCUCACAUGCCUUUUCACAUUACAAAGCGUUGGCUGUUUUAAUGAAUUUUUUGCCAUUUAUGCAUUUUAUUGUCUGUAGAACCCGUCACACAUAAUAAUAAAAUCUAAACUAUUUGCAUAUAUUUAGUAAUGGAUUCUAAUCCUCCAUUAAGAGAUGAAUUCUUGAGAUGUUGAAUGCCCACCCCUCCUUCGAGACCCAUUUCUGUAUCCCGAGACCUGUUCUGCUAUGGAAAUCAAAGCUCUAGAAUAUGAGCAGCUCUUCAUAACAAUAUGAUAUUUUUUUUUUAUUUUUUUUUUUAAGGGGGCGCAACAGGUUUACAAACAAAUGUGUCUCUGCAUCUUUUCCUCGUCUGGGGUGGGUUCUGACCAGGUUGUAAACACAUAUCCUGCCAUUCUGGGUUAUUCUACAUGUGCGCUACAUCUCUGAAGUUUUUUGUUUUUUAAACAUCAAGUACAAAAGGGUCAUGUGUGAGAGCAAUUCUUGGUGCCCGGCGCAUGCUUUGCAAUGGUUGACCAGCGGUGACAGGGAUCGCCCACUUUGCCUGUUGUUGGGUAAUAUUUUGUGUACUGACAUUUGCUGUAGAUCUUCACCUACCCAGAGCUAGAAUAUCUGAUAUAUUUAAAAAGUCUUUUACCAGGAAUGAUACUGUAUGCCGUGAUAAACAAUGACCUCCUUACCCAUUGUUAGAUUUUGAUUUGAUGGGAGAUGGGUGAUUCAGGUUAUUCAUUGCGUGUCUUGUCAGGAGUUGCAAGUACAGCUCAUCAUAGAGAUACUCUAUAAGCUAAAUAGUGUCUGUAUUGCCAAAAACUUGCCAGGACCUGGGGAGACGUGAGUCAUCUCUCAACGCACAGUGAUGUCAGUUCUGUCCUACGAAAAUUGAAAGACUUAAACAAAGACUUCAAGCACCAUGACCACUACAGCAAGUCAUAGUGGUUAUGGUGCUCCCCAUUGUUAGUAGUCAAUCCGUUUUUUAGAAUGGUUUCUUACCUGGGGGCCGCUGAGUGCCACUCUACACAAUAUCCAACAAAGCUGGAGGCUUAGGAGCUUCUUUUAGCUCUCCUGAACUAAAUCUGGCAGUGCAUAGCUAACUUAUUAUCUGAAAACAUUUGCGCAUGUCUCUCAACCAAUGAGUUAGCCCUGCACUGCCAGGCCUAGCUCGGAGUGCUUACAGUUUUCUGUAGGAUGUAAAGGAAGUGGGACGCAGCACUCUGAAGACUAAAGUCAAGGAGUAAUUUUUAAACUUUCAAUUCUUAUAGUGGUGUUACACGCCAAGCUGUAGUGGUUAUGGUACUUUGAGUAUUCCUUUACCAUAAUCCAGUUGCAUAACCCCUCGACAUCCUGCUUCACAGGAUAAUGGUGAGCCAGUGAUACAAAUCGCCUCCCUGGCACUGCCCAAAGGGGAUGGACACACCGUGGAGAGAAUUGGAAGAUCAGCCCGGUGUGAAUACACUACAGGUUCCAGCCAAUCACGCAGGGCAUCCCUCUAAGGGCGGCCAUGCUGGGAGCGCUGAUUCAGUGCUCUCUGUGUGAUCCUAGUGCCCUGUGUGCAUCUAAUGAUACAAUCGAAUUACGCUUUUUGAGGACAGGACCCUCAGAUUGGGUCUGUCCUUUCAAAAUUGGGUCUGUUGCUAGUCUGCAAAUUAUAUAGAUAGAACUUGAAUGAUUCUUCCUAAUUACUUUGCUGCAUUGUAGCGUAACACAGGACUUGAUCUUGGGGAAAAAGGUUUAGGGUCCCUUAUGAAAAUGUAUACUUUUUAGCACUCCAGAGGUCUGACAUUAGUGCUGUAAUCUUUAAUGCCAUAGAUAUGAAAACAGUCUGUGGUUUUAGUGUCAUUUUUAAGAAUAGUUAUUAAUUUGUUUAAUGUAAUAUAGUAUGGAUUUAUUUUUUUUCCAAUAAUUAAUUUUUGUCUAGGUUUUGAAAGGGAGAAAGAGCACAUACAAUUCUAAUCAUUAGUCUUAACUACAUUGCUGACAGACAUACAUCGACUGUUGCCGACUCUCCCAUACUAAACUUCGUCUCCCAAAUCCUGGGAAUUAACAUGUUAAUCCUUCUUCCCUGCGUUGGUGGUGAUGGGGUUAAUGCGCUAUAUCCCCCUAGCAUUUAACACCAGCCACACAUAACAGGUGCAGGGGCAUCAUGUUCUCUUCCAGAGGUUUCGCUGUGACUCGGAAAGGCCAGGAGUUGGCAGGAUGUUGGCAUGUACCCAGCAGCCGGUUGCCAGCUGGAAAGGGUGAGCCUUUGGCACCCGCUCUCUCUGCGUCCACCCCCCAUUGAGAGAAAAAUACAUAUUCUGCACAGCAGGGAUGUCUGACAACACGGAAAUUAAUUGGAUUUAAUUGCUGAGUCAAAAACCCAGCGUGUAAAUGGACACAUAGAGGUUAUAUUAUCUCCGUCCCCCAGCUGGGAAAAAUAACAUUAAUUUAUCAAAGGAGAGGCGCAUACUGUUUUCAAUUAAGUUCUCCUUUUCACUUUCUUUUCAAAUACAUAUUUUUCUUUUUAAUGAUAAUGUAACAAGUCUAACGGAGCAGCUUUGUUAAAAUCCCAGUUCUGAUUAAUUCCUAUUUUAAUUCACUCUGUGUUAUUGCCCCUGUCCUCUUUACUCACUCUAUUAUUACCCUGUCUCUGUAUUUAUUCUUCUAUUUCCCCCGUCCCCUGUAACCCUCUAUUAUUGCCCCCAUCUCAUAUAAUCACUCUUUAAUUGCCCAUUAAAACUGCCCCGUGCCCUGUAUUCACCCUAUUAUUGCCCCCUGUCUCUUGUAUUCGCUCUUACUGCCCUAUCUUAUAUCAUCACUCUUUUAUUGCCCAUCAAAACUGCCCCAUGCCCUGUAUUCACUCUAUUAUUACCCCCAUUCCUGUAUUCAUUCUACUAUUUCCCCCUGUCUCUUGUAUUCACUCUAUUAUUGCCCCUAUCUUAUGUAAUCACUAUUUUAUUGCCCAUCAAAACUGCCCCAUGUCCUGUAUUGACUCUAUUAUUGCCCCCAUCUUCUGUAAUAACUCUAUUAUUGCCCAUUCAUACUGCUCCAUCCCCUGUAUUCACUUUAUUAUUGCCCCGUCCACUGUAGACACUAUAAUAUAAUUGACCAUCCAGACUGCUCCAUCCCCUGUAUUCUCCGUACCCUGGGCCCGUUCUGGAAUUCCCUUGCUCCGGAUCAGGUUAUCGUCUGUCCUACUGAUGGAAAUGUAUUAAUAGUUCUUUACCAUGACUUAACGUGUUGGAUAUUUGAUACCAUGGGUCAGAAUUUCUACCUUUUUUUUUUUUUUUUUUUACAUACUGGAGAGAUCUGGAUAAUGACUUCAAUAGCACUGGUGGGAUUUCUCCAGAAUGUCUAAUUCCAACCAGCGAGAGGUCAACUUGGCACAAGCCGUUUCUUACCCAGAAUCACAACAGGCUAUUCAGAACCUCACUUACCCCUUGAGGUAACCCUUAUACACUAACCUCAAACAAAAAGGGAGGGCGGUCAGACAUUGGUUUUAUUACAAGUUGAGGUCCUGUCCUAUUCACAUGAGAGCAGAGCCCUUGAAGUUUUUAAUGCUGUCUCUAUUGUUUAUCAGUCAAUGUAAAUCUUCUUUCUUUUUUCUUAAAGAUUUUAUGGUUUUAUCACCUUGGUGUUAAAACAUCUUCUGAAAAGAUCAAAGCCGAGAAAGCAGGAGGUCCUGGAUUUGGUUGUGUUUUCCUAUUUUAUGCCUCUGUGUACAAUGACAUCUUGUUUUAUAGUGUCAUUUCUAACGCCCCUUUUUGACAUCCUGAGAUCCUCAUCCCUACUUCAAAACAUUGACCUGUUUCUAAAUGUCCCCUCACCCAACUCGGAGUAUGGCACAUGAGCCAUUGAAAGCAUUCUAAAAUCUCGGAAGAAUUGGGAUCCUACCACGACCAAAAUGGCCUGCUGGGUGGUAUAUGGUUUUAUGAGACCGCUCCCUAAUUUUUGACACAACAAAUACUUGGAAGAAACCUAGACGAUAUUAUUAUAAUAAGGUUUUUAUCAACACUGUCAUCUUCUGGACAGACUGCUUCAAUGUCUAUAAGGAUUUCAUAACAUCGCGUAAUCGUAUUGUUUCUUCUUGUAUCUUACGAUAACACUCUUUAGAAAACAACAAAUGUUUUGGUUUUAUUGUGUGACAAGUGCCUUCAAACAAGGGUGGUCUAUGUCUGUUUAAUAGGAAUAUAAGCGUGUAAUAUUUUUGGGGUUUGCAGAUGCUAGAACAGUAUCCUACAAUGUGUGUGUGUGUGUGUGGUUAAUUUGUCACUCCCGCCACCCCCCCAGUCAUAUCACAAGAUCGGAUAUUUUAGUACAGUACGACUGAGUUAUGAAAUGUUUGCCAACCUUUAUUUGACUUCUAGCCAAAGUCCUGUAUUAACAAGGAUCCUUUUCUCUAUUCAUUACAAACAAGAUGGGUUUUAUACAGGAAAAUAACAGGUCACGUAUUUCUCACUCACCAUCCCACCCCCUUUUUCCAUCACAAUUGGACCACGAAGUCUUCUUCUUGCAAGGACCAUCUUCUUUUGUGCUUCUUGGAAUUCAUAUACCUGUACUAAACAUAAGUCUUCCAGAGGAGUACAAGUGUCCAUUCAGACUUAAUUAUAUUUUCUAGUGAUCUCCCAAAAUGUCAUUUGGAUCACUUUCUAUUAAUUGCUCCUAGCAAGCGAUGAUGUACUCAAUUAUUUUUAGAUCAAUUUGCAGAGAUAAGGAAAUGACAGUCAUAUGACUGUAUUCAUCUAGUCAGCAAAGCUAUGCACGUGGUCCGUGGUCCACCCACGGGGGUCAAAUGCAGUGUUUUUUUAAGUAUGCAUGCAUGCAACUGACUUUUUGGCUCAGACACAUCUAAGGCUGGAUGCUCUGAAUUGCUGAUAACAAAACCAUCUUUCUUAUAAUCAAGGCUACCAAAUAAAUUAUUAAAGGACCACUAUAGUGCGUCUUCUCACUGACUUUCACAAUGAGAAACACGCAAGCGCCUCUAGCGGCUGUCAAUGAGACAGCCUUUAGAGGCUGGAUUAACCCUCAGUGUAAACAUAGCAGUUUCUCCCUAGCUGGACCAGGCACCCAGACCAUUUCAUUAAGCUGAAGUGGUCUGGGUGCCUAAAGUGGUCCUUUAAAGGAAUACCCAAAGCACAACAACCACUACAGCAUGCUGUAAAUCAAAUAGUUUUAGAACUACUACUAACAAUGGAGAGGCGGAAGCUGAUCGCUCUCAGCCAAUGAGCUAAGUCCUGCACAGGGCUUAGCCCAGACUGAACACUUCUUGCCAUCUGCCGUUAGUAUUAAGACAGUAAGCGGUGUUUGGCAGACUGCGGUAAGAAGUCAUAUCAUUCUAAUAUGAUGUAUUGGGGUGAACGUCAGGGCACGUCCUACAGCAAGCUGUAGUGUUUAUGGUGCUUGGUGGUUUCCUAUGAUAUUGAUCAUUGCCUAAUCUGUCAUUUGAGCAGGGUCCUGUAACUUUUUGUACUUGCUUUAUUUAUUGUUAAUUUCCCUUUUUUUUAUUUUUUUUUAUUUAUAUACUUUUUUAAUAUAUAUUGUAAAGCGCUGCAGGAUAAGUUGGCACUAUAUGUUGUCCAGUGCUGAUACUUCUGUAAAGUGAACAGUAGCUCAAAAGGCAACGAUACGGAGUGUUAGAAUCUCAUUUCUUAAAGAACAAGUUGUACAAGUUUCUGAACCCAAGAAUUCAGAGCUUCUACAAUGUCUUCAUCACCUCUCAGAAUACGUCCUCCACAGCAAUGUCCUGGUUCAGUGAAAAUCAUGUUUUGGAAAUGGAAUUUGAGUGUUUUGGCAAGAAGUAUUUUUUUUUUUUUUUUCACCCGCUAAGUAACUCUUGAGAAAACUACCCAUGGUUUAAGAGCGAAUAUUUUUAUUUUUUCCUGCUGCCUUGUCAUCACCUAAACCUUCGAUUGAGGUAUCUGAACGGAGACGUGUAAAGUUGAUCUGAAGUAAUUGUAGGGAGUCCACAGAAGACUUGUAAGGUCUGUAGGCUUUUAUUUCCUUCCUCUGCCACAAUGGCUGGGGAUCAAAUGACUAAUGGAGAUGGGUCUCUGUCUAGAGAGGGUCAUCUGUGUUUUGUCUUGUAUACAAACUGAUGGGCCCAAUGACAAGUCCUGUUCCCCGUUGCAGUCACUUGACCUCAUACCCUUUAACAUCACUAACCCACAAAAACCUGCUCUGUGGUUUCAAUACUGGGGGACUAUAAAAACAGGUAGGUUUUUUUGGGGAUGGGGGGUAGGGUUGUUGUGGUUUGUUUGGGUGUUUUUUUGUUUUUUGUUUUUUUUUUAAUAGAGGAUAAUAGAUGCUGCAGAUGCAUACAAUGGAUGUGCAAAAAAAAAAAAUUUUAAAAAAAAAUCCUAAAAGUGACAAACUGGUUAAGGUGAAUAGAAACAAGAUGGUCAAAGGGCCUUGUGAAAUUUUAAUCUUGUUUUGUAGAAUCGUGCUAUGAUAUUGGACUCCAUCUGGUGAGGUCGUGGAGUGACUGCAAAAUGUGCACGUUGUUUUGGUACAGUAAUGUUUUGUGAAGGGAAAAUAACUUUCCAGCUACUUUUUAGAGACUGGUUCUGCUACAUGCGUUCUUUCGGGGGUUCCUUUAAAACAUACACCUUCCACUGUGGAAGCUACAGGAGAUAAUGAUCUUCUGGACACCUUAUACAUUACAGAAGAAGGCUAGUAUACAAUGGCUGCUGCAUUUAUACUUUUUAUAUUGUGUUCUAAUUAGUUUUUAUGUAAUUUUGUAAUCUGUGGCACACAUGAGAGUGGACUGACUUUAUUUCCUGUGGUGUGUUUUCCCCAGGUGUGAACAUGAUGCUGAGGAAGAUUGCCGUAGCUGCAGCUUCUAAACCAGCUGUAGAGAUCAAACAGGAAGGAGAGUGCUUCUACAUUAAAACGUCCACCACCGUCCGAACCACAGAAAUCAACUUCAAAAUGGGGGAAGAGUUUGAGGAGCAGACCGUAGAUGGACGCCCAUGCAAGGUAGUCAAUUGCUAACCGCCUACAGAAUCAGACUGUUCAGGUCUCAUUUUGUAAGAUAUUUUUUUAUUUUAUGUGUUGAUUUCACACAUUUUUAUGAAGAGUUCUUGAAGUGGAACCCUCACAAAUCAAAGGGCAUUUAAUCCAGAAGGAAACCUGGAAGUUUAUACCCCCUUACCUUUAUUGUCCCACUGUCCCAGUAAUUCUACUUGGUGCCAAGGUGUCUCUGAACAGUCCUGUCAUAUUCAUGGGCUAUGGCCUCUGGGUGAUUUGAGAUACUGACCUCCAUAAAAGUCGACAAAUAGACACGGUUAGUCACUAAAGGGAGAUCUCUAGGUGAAUUCAAAGUAACUUUUUCAAAUUUAAGGACAAAAUAGCGGAACAGGAAAAAUGUUUUAAACCAGCUAUGCUUCCACUGUAGCCUUGGAUUUGAAAUUCACUUUACUAAAUAACCCUAUCUGUCUCUGCUUUUGAUUAGACCUAUACUCGGGAUUUCAAAUUCCAAUAUCUGAUUUUAAGAAAGGACUAAAGUGUGCUCGCACACAGAGAAGCAGACAACCUAAAAUGGGAUAUAUAUAUAUAUAUUCUGGGGACAUAACUGGGGACAUAAUUCUGGGGACAUAACUAAAUGCCAUUAGGUGCUGAUAUGUUGGAAUCUACAGCAUAUUUUUAUUUUAGAUUUUUCUCUAACGUUUCAGUAUUCUGAGCCAGCACUAUCCGUCAGGACCGAGUUUAAUAUCUAAUGUACCAUUUCCUUGCGUUACAAAUAUAACCAAAACCAUGUGAAAUCCAGUUGUGACUGCGUUCACGCAGGUGCCUGCAAUACUAUCUAUGUUGUUUCAGCCAAGGAAAUGGCAUCAUGGUUGCAACAUUGGUUAAUCUCCUACCAAAGUCAUUUCUGUUUUAUGAGGUGCUCUGGGCGCACUUAUACAUAUUAAAUGACAAGCAGAGGGCGAGCAGAAAUGAUUACAUUCUCCCCUUUUGGGGUAAUGACUCACUGAGCUAUUUUGAAAUCACAGUAACCCUGUUCGUCCAGCGAAUAACUGCGUCAUGUACCCCUUUCCAAACCUUCAAAGUGCAAUCUGUCACCAUGCACAAGGCUCCUAUUUCAUUUUGCAAGAGUUUUUUUCCUUUUUAUUAUUUUUAAAACGGGAAAGUGGAAAUGGAAAUUUUGUCACCUCCCCGAACAGAGUAGAUACAGGUUUCCUGGAAAGGAUUCUGGGAUAUUUUAUUGAGUGCCCAGUUUAGGGUAAAGGAAAUGACACUUCUCGAUGAGGUCUACACUCCAAAGCAGUUUUGUGGUCAGGUAAAGUGAGGUUAUGUUGAAACGUUGCCAUUAAAUGAAACUCUGCACCGAUGUAAGUCUGUGCCCAGUCUUGGGAUGUGUUAACUCCUUCGAUAAACUGGCCAUGAAUAUGAAAUGGAUUGACUGCAAGUCUAGUCUGCGAUCAGGGGUAGUCUUUCUCUCUGGGAUAAUUUUAUUUUAAAUUGAACCUGGUCUCUAAAAUGCAAACCCCGUAUUAAUAGAUUUUAUGUGGUUUAUAUGUUGUCUAAAUCGCUCUUUAAAACUUUCUUCAGAACUUUUUUUUUUUCUUCCAAUCAAUCCUGCUCCUAGCCGUUGCUGUGAGAUCAAAGUCCCUGUGUCCAUCACUUUAGUUGGAUUGUUGUAAACCUAGCUUCACUUCUUUGUAUCGUCUUCACUGUGUCUUCCCCAGAAUGUUAUAUUUCUAUCUUCAUUUAUAAUGAACAUCUAAAAAUUCGACUAACAUUUCACGCUAAAGCCUAAAUAUGCACACACGCAUAUUGCUGAAAACCAUCAAAUUUUGAAAAAUGUGACCUCACAAGCGCAGCGUACAUGUAUAAUACAACUUUCUUGCUCUCUAAUAUUUUAAUUUUAUUCCUAGAAGUAUGAGGAAAUUAACCAUUUACCAGUUAAAAUAUUUUACACUUGCAAUACCAUCAUAAUGACCAAUAUUUUAAGUUUCAAUGCUCACCCUUACACACCGUGAUCUUUAAUUAUUGCAAGACUAAUAUUUAGUGUAGAUAGUUUAACAUGUAAUUUAUCAAAAAAUCUUUAAAUCACAUAGGACUACAUAAAUAUGAAUUACGUCUGUUUUUAUUUUAUUUAUUUUUAUUUAUUUUUUGUGCCAUUUUCUGCAAAAGUGUUUUAUGAUGGACCAAUAUUUUUCCACCUUUAAAUCCAUUCUAUUUUUAAAUGUCAGUGCUUAUUUAAAUCAUCUGAAUGGGUGAAGUCCUUGUUCAGGCCACUUGCUCUAUUGUGUGUCUGCCGCCUGGUAACUUUCCCCAGUCAGGAGUUGGAUAAAUGGGGAAAGGCAGCACAUUGAGUCUGUUGGAUUCCUCUGCAGCUGUCUCCUGUCCAUGACUGAUGGUGGGGGAUUCGGUGUCUUGUUCUGAAGAGGCCUGUUUGUUAAUUAAUUGUCUCCUUUUUCUGUCUUUUUUGUUUCUUUCUGCUCCAGAGCUUGGCCAAGUGGGAAAGUGAGAACAAAAUGGUUUGCGAACAAAGACUUCUGAAAGGAGAAGGACCCAAGACUUCCUGGUCUAGGGAACUGACCAACGAUGGCGAGCUUAUACUAGUAAGUGGAUAGGGUCCUGUCUGCCUCCAGUACAAUCUUAGAUUUACUGGUUUGUUUAUCAUCUGAAAAUGGAUUUUAAAUGGACAAAAAAAACGGGGACAUUUAAAAACAAUGGAGUAUUAGUGAUUUUAUGAAACGCUACUCCAUACUCCAACUAGUAAUGUUAGACAAACCGUAAACAAACACUACACACAAAAGGAAACAAACAAUGACUAAAGGACCUAUUUGCACACACAAAGCAUUUCAGCUUGCCUUACUACUUUGUGUAAGGAGUAUCCCAUCGUAAGGGCACUGGAUUCCUAUUUUUGACAGCCCGGGAAGAGUUUCUUAUAUCAAGUUGAGUAAAACCGACGUGUAGGUUAUCCUGCUCUUCUAUUCACUUCAUUGAAUUAACAGAAGUGGGAGGCACGCCUGCAGUCUCACUGCUCAAUUCUCUGCCAUUUAGAAGUUAAAUCACUUUUGUUUCUGUUUAUACAGUAUAGUAACACAUCCUUUCAUUUUAAAUUAGAUGUUAACUUACUUUAGUAGUUAUUAUCGCCUGCUCUGUAAAUUUACCUUUAAUUGCAUAGAGGAGGCUCCUGCAGGGUCCAGAAGGCUAUUAACAGAGCAGGAGAAAUUCUAAAUUAAUCAGAAUGUACAAUUAAAGUAUAAAUAUUAGAUUACUUAUUACAGGAAGUGUUUAAGAAGGCUGUGUAAGUCACAUGCAGGGAGGUGUGGCUAGGGCUACAUAAACUGAUUUAACUCCUAAAUGGUAGAAGUGAACAGUGAGGCUGCAGAGGCAUGAUCUAUACACCACAACUGCUUCAUUAAGCUAAAGUAUAUAUUUUUGGUGACUAUAGUGUCCCUUUAACUCCAAAUCCCUAAGGCUUCUGCAAGAUUCUUCAAAUCAUACCCCUUCCAUUUAUCUUCUACUGGAUCACUGUGCAUCUCUCAACGCCUGCCUAACAGUGGUUUAUGUGAUAUGAUGUUUAGAAUUUAUUGGUAGAUUAAUUCAGGAAGAACUAAAUUAAAGAGAAACUAUAUAGCUUCCCUCCCUGUGGUGCAGAAGGGGUUAAAAAAACCUUCUGUCACUUACCUGAGUCCCUCUGUGCUGGCUUGGGUCCACCUUCUCUCCUUCCCAUCAACAGGGGAGAAUUCAUGUGCAUGCGCCGCAUUGUCCUUGCUCACAUUAGGAUUUCAACAUAGGAAAGCAUUAUUUAAUUCAUGCUUUCCUAUGGGGAUUCUGGUGACGCCGGAUGUCCUCACGCAUAGCCUGAAAAGCCCAGAAGUCUCUCUCUAGUGGUGGUCUUGUAGAUGGCCACUAGAGGUGGAGUUAACCUUAGCAAGUAACUAUUGCAGUUUAUUAAAAACUGUUAUAAUUACAUGCUCCUGGUUAAGGGCCUGGGACACUGCACCCAGACCACUUCAAUGAGCUGAAGUGAUCUGGGUGCCUACAGUGUCCUUAUAAGCUCUUCUAUAUAUUUUUCUCCAAGCACCAUGCCCAUCUCAGUUAUAUGAAGUGGUCAUGGUGCUUGGAGUCUGUAUGUGCAGCAUUUUAGUUUCUAAAGGGACACUAUAGUAACCAGAACAACCAUAGCUUAAUGCAGUUGUUCUGGUGAGUAUAAUGGCUCCCUUCAGGCUUUUUUCAUUCCCCUAGGGACACCUUCAAGUGGCCACUCCUUAAAUGGAGUGGGCUUCCUGGCUCAGGGCUUCACGGUAAAUGUCCUUCAGGACACCUUCAAGUGGCCACUCCAGUAAGCAGCCCUGCUGUUCUACAUCCCUAUGGGAAAGCAUUGGAUUGGCAAAAAAUCUGCCAUUUCGAUGAUGUCACAAAGCGGACCCGUGCGGCACUGGAAAUAAGGUAAGUUUUAUACUUUUAUAGAGGGGCUAAGGGGAGGGGCAAGCCACCUAAAUGGUGGUUUAAACACUAUAGGGCAAGGAAUACAAGUUUGUGUUCCUGAACCUAUAGUAAUCCUUUAAUACUGAACAUACAGAGUUAAAGCCCUUUGUUGUCUGUGGUGUUACUCUGUCACCGGCAGCUUCAUUAGAACAAGAGUUCCGUGCUGGCUAACGUUAAUCCUGUGCAUGCGUCAAAUUGGCAUGCUACCAACAGAUGACCAAUGGCGGCCGAACACAGGAGUGUUAUUGGUGCAUUUGAUCCAGUGGUAGCGCCAGGCUAUCAUGAAAGCAAAGAAACGAGGAAGGGGAAAAACUGAAUGACUUUAAGGAUUUCCUCAAAAAACGUUUACUGGGCCUCUAGUUUUAAGAAACCUACUUUUUAUUUGAACCAUUCUGUCUCUAGUACAUUUCCAUGGCACAGAUAUCCAGGUCAUUUAAGCCAUCUCAAUCCAAUAUACAAGAUGGUUCAUGUAUUGCUUUGGUGGGAAUCUUCGAUGUCAAAUAUUUAAAGAUCACUUCAAGCUGUUUACAGGAAAGGCAGGGCCGGUGCAAGGAUUCUUGCCACCCUAGGCAACAAUCCCUUUUGCUGCCCCCUCAUAAUUGCAAGUACAUGACUGAUGACCCAUAUAUCUUUAUUCCCCCGUUGCCCCAAAUAAAACACAUCAGACCUGAGUAAGUUGGGUAAGGGCAACGGCCACAGCAUUAUUUAACCAUAAACAUCAUGCCAGCAAAUUCCUCUGUCAGCUCUACACCAUUCUCCAAGAGUCCAGAGCAGCCUGCCUCCUGCCAUCAGCUCCCGGCAGGCUGCAACUCCCCAAGCUGCCUUGUCGUCUUCAUCCCUUGUAGCACUGGCCAGGAAGAAACGCAAGCUGUGACAAAACAAAACACAAGACACCGACACCAGAAACAGAACACAACCAAAUCUAUUACUGGGAGGGAGGGUGGGAAAGUCUGGAUCCCUCAACCUAUCUGCGCUGACUGGUAAGGCCCCUCAUUCCUUCCCCCCCCUUUUCAUCCCUUGCUCCCCAUUUGCAACUAUGUGUCUAUCUGGGGACCACCCACCCGCAACCAUGGGCCUCACUCAUGCUCUCCCUUCCUUAUUUUCCAGGGAGAGGCUUUCUCUCAGAGGUUUAUUUACUAAAUUCUGAAUUGCAGUGAAGUCAUACAUACACACACUGUGCAGUGGCCUACACACGACCCAUGGGGCCCCGGUGCGAAAAGUGAUCCGCGGAAUGUACGCCAGUGAAUGCAGAUACACAAACACACUUAACCCCUUAAGGACACAUGACAUGUGUGACAUGUCAUGAUUCCCUUUUAUUCCAGAAGUUUGGUCCUUAAGGGGUUAAAGGACCACUACAGCCACCCAGAUCACAUCAGCUCAAUGAAGUGGUCUGGGUGCCAGGUCCCUCUCGUGUUAACCCUGCAGCUGAAAACAUAGCAGUUUCAGAGAAACUGCUAUGUUUCAAUGAGGGUUAAUCCAGCCUCUAGUGGCUGCCUCACUGACAGCCGCUAGAGGCACUUCCGUGAUUUCUCACUGUGAAAAUCACAGUGAGAAGACGCUGGCCGUCCGUAAGAAAGUAUUACUCAACGUGGUUUGAAUGUGCACGCGGCUCUUGCCGCGCAUGCGCAUUCGGAGCUGAGAGGCAGAGCACAGGGAUCCCCAGCGCCAAAGGAGUCUGGCGCUGGAGAAAGGUAAGUGCUGAAGGGGUUUUAAACACACACACACUCACGAACAGACGCAUACACACUAGCUAACACACACAAAUUUACUGACAGACACACUCAGCGACACACACUGACAUCAAACAGACUCACUAACAAACACACACUCACUAGCAGACACACACACUGACACAAACACUAACACACAAACACAUGUUUUUUUAAAAAGCGAUCCCCCAGCCUCCCUACCUUUGGGAGUGCUGAGGGGAUUCCCUGGGGUCCAGUGGUGUUGCUGGGCGGCCGGUCUUGCGGGCGUGCAAAGGAGCACUGAGCUGAGAUCCUCCUGUUCAGCUCCCUCGCGCACCGCUUACUGAUGCCGGAGCCGGAAUAUGACGUCAUAUUCCGGCUCCUGCAUCAGUGCGGUGCACGAGAGGGAGCUGGGCAGAGAGUGCUCAGGGGAGAGUGCUCCCUCGCGCGCCCGCCGGCCUCUGGGGGGGCCCUGAGUUGGCCAGCUCCCGGGCCCCCCCAGGAGAAGAGGCUGGCCACACUGGCGUACAUACCUGGUGGGCCGGGCCCGGUUGCAGCCGCGACCCCGGUAUGUACGCCACUGACACUGUUUAAUACAUACAUUCAUAGUGCAAAAUACAUCUAUCCAUGCACACAUAUUGCUUAGUACAUACAUCAAUGCGUUUGGUGGGAUUUAAUUUAUAAUAAUGGUGGGAUUCAAUUCAUAUGAACUUUAAGUAGACUUUUUCAUUUUAAUAUAAAACUAUAUUAUAAAUAUAAUUUAAUAUGUGAGAAUCUCUUUACAUGGUAACACACACAGUCAAUUACACACUGUCACUUACGUACUCACUGACAUACAGUGUCACUUACACACUCACUGACAUGCAGUGUCAUUUACAUGCUCAGUGACACACAUACAGUGUCACUUAGACACAGUCAUCUACACACUCACUAACAUAUACACACACACACUCACUGGCAGUGUCAUUUACAGUCUCAGUAACACACUCUCCCUCAUAUACAGUGUCACUUACACACUCUCACUGACAUACAGUGUCACCAACGCACACUAUUACUCAGUCACAUACUCGCUAACACACACACUCACUGACAUACAGUGCCAUUUACACACUCUUUAUAACACACUCACAUACAGUGUCACCUACACACACACUCUCACAUACAGUGUCACUAACACACACUGUCACACACACUCUCACUGACAGUGCCAUACACACUCUCACUCACAUACUCACUAACACACACUCUCACAUACAGUGUCACUUGCGCGCACACACACACUGCCACUCAAACAGAAACUCACAUCACUUUACAUAAAGUCACACUUUAUUUACACACAGAGCAAUUCAGUACACACAGACCCACCAAUUUACAAUUAUGUAAAAUAAUCAGUUCCCCUUACCUCCGAAUGGUCCUAAGUGCUGUGACUGGAGGAGAGGGGUCCAGCCUGCAGGGAGUGUUCUUGUUUCUGCUGGGGGAGCAGGAGAGCCGUGCACAGUGAGAACAGACUGCUUCCGACUCCCUGCAGAGUGUUUCCGGUGUUCACUGGCAGGGGCGGCCGGGCUACCAAGUCAUGUUCCGGCAGCAAGCCGUGUUCUUCCCGGGAGGUAAGGAAAGGAGCCCAGCAGAUAAAUGGCUGCUCACCCAGCACAGCAGCAGCCAGGGAAGCUGACCAGGAAACCUCCUGGAGUGCAGCCCCCCCUAGAGGCCAGCGCCCCAGGCGAAAGCCUUUUUCACCUAAUGGUAGCACUGGCCCUGCGUGAAGGUAUAUGUAGAUCAGGUAGAUUCCAAUAUGUGUUAAAACUGCAACUUCCGUGAUGCUUUGUCAUUCUAAAGGCAUGCAAAGCAUCAUGUUAGUUGUAGUUCUAGAACAUCUGGUAGUAGGUCCAUGUCCACUUCUCAUCAUAUAAUUAUCAUUAAAUUUGUAUUGUGUGCACUUUAACAUGUUAUCCAGGAUAGAUUUCAUGGUUUGUGAGUUCUUUCUUUCCCAAACACAAAAUAGAAUAUAUAAAUGACCACAGAUAAAAUCACUAAGUCCUUUUGUUCGUUGAAUAAUAUCACCUACAUUUGUUGCUACCUGUCUGCAUAAUUUAGAGAUUUCACGCUGCACAGGUCCAUUGUUUGUACAGUCAUCUGAUAUUUUUAACAUUUCACGUUUCUGGUUCUUUUUAGACCAUGGUUGCUGAUGAGGUCACCUGUACACGGAUUUACAUCAGGGACUAAUUUAACUUGGCACCGGAGAUCUACAGCAUUCUGUCCUACCAAACUAUUCUUCUGAAUCUUCAAUAACCACUUCACCUAAAGCAGAAAGUAUCCAGUUUACAGCAACACAUUGUACUCACAAUACUCGGUCAAGUUGGUCUUCAACUUGAUACCAGUUUUCCAGGAGACCCAGGUUCUUGCUUCGCUCUAAAAAGGCCUCACUUAUCAGACACAUGUCCUGAACAUCACAGCAGUUGGAAUAGUGAAAGUAUAGGUCUUUAACCAAUUAACAAAGCUUUCGUCAUUAACCAGACCAUGUUAUCUUGUGUUUGUUACUCUCCUACUUCAUAGUCACAUUUAGCUGCAGUGAUGGGUUCAUUUUUAAUACAAACUGCAAUUUUUUUCCCAGACAUUAUCUAGGAAGCAAAUUAUUACAGUCAAUGUUUUGUAACCAUGUUUUCUAAGUGUUCAUUGGGCCCAGUGCCCACAUAGAACGUAUAUGGUAUUAAUGAGCACUACCUUUUGGCAGAAGGUUGGUGUCCUGGUUUUUACAAUAUAACUCAUCACAAUUUUGCACUCAGAGCAUUAAUACUCAUCGAUUUCUGUCUUUGCGUAGGGAGGAUUUUCUGUCUAUGAAUUUAUAAAAUGCACGAACAACGCAAACCAAUCUGAUAUAUUAUCAUGUAUUUUUUUUGGUCUGCUUUUUAAUCCGUAUAAAAAAGGUUUGUGUGUGUUGUUUUUUUUUUUCUCAAAUUCGUUGCCAGCAGCACAAAAUGAAUCCUGCGUGGAGGUGGCCAUUUUGUUUUCUAUUAAACAUUGGGAGAGGUAGCACAGGUGAAAGUGUAACUUUUACUACAUGUGCUUAAGUAGGAUAAUAGUCACAUUGAUUGGUGUAUCUGUCUUUACAGUGAUGUUCUUCUGAGAAUAGUUGGCCUUUACUUGAGCCAUCACCAUAGUUGGGAAUAUCAUUUAUUUUUUUUUAAUUAAGCUAAGUUUCAUCUCACAAUCUAGGCAAUGAACGCUGAUCUUCCUAGAACAAGCGCAUUGUGGGAGUUUAUUUGUGUAGUAAAGAUGUAAUCCAACCUUUUCUAUAUGAAAUUCAUCUCUGUAAAAUGUUAAACUCAUAUAAAAGGGUUUCCAUAACUUUAAAUAUUUGCCAUUUUAAUACUGGGCUAUGAGGAACCCAUUUAGAUUUUUGCAAUGUAAUUUCAGCUACCAAAUUUUACCAUAUUUAAAUCCGGAACAUUUUUACACACAAAAAAAAAAGGUUAAAGGAACACUCCGAGCAACCUAACAAAAAUGUGGUCCCUGCGCCAACUUGCCUUCAGAGGUUAAGCAGUUAAUGAACUACCCUCUCCCUAUCCUUUUGAGUCCAAGGUUUGAAACGUCUCAGACUGGGCGCCGCUGAUGGGCUGAGAGCGCCAGUUGAUGCUUUUGUCCUUUCAGUAGCUCCCCAUUCACAAAGUGGCUUGAGGAACGUACGUAUACUCCACAAGCCAUUUUGUGAAAGUGGAACUACUGCUAGAAUGUACACAGCGGACGCUAUUAACGACACCCGGUCCAAGACUUCCUGUUUCAAGUAUCAGACUCAAGCAGAUGGAGAGGGCGGAGCUGGGCAACACAAGAAUGAAGACAUUGGAGUUGAACAGAUAACAUCUGAAGGUAAGCCUAUGCCGGGGUCCACCAGGUGCCAUAACCACUUAAUUAUGAUUGAUUUUUUUUUUUUUUUUUCUGGUACCCAGGGUUUUCCUUUUUAAGCAAAGCAGUGUUCUUUCAUAAAAGUGCAAUUUUGUUUUUUUACCUGACUGGAAUAUUAUCCUUUCACCAACAUCCUGAACGAGAAUGUAGAUUUUAAUUUUCUUUCUUACUUUUAAACUUUUAUUUUACAUUUUUACGUAAACAUACAUGUAGGAAACCUAGACGAUGAAUGCUUCCGUCCUCCCUGUAAAAAUUUCUAACUUUGUUCAUUUGUCUUUAGCUAAUGCAUUUGUCAGUAUUUAUUUGUCAAUUUUUGUUUUUUUUAAAUAAAAGCAUAAUUCAAAACUC